AUGGGCCCCGUCGAAGCCCUGUCAAGGGCGCCUCGACGGGUUGCAUCACCACGCUGGGUAGCGCAUCCUCUUCUAAUUACCCCCCCUCCCCCCUUCUCCCCCUCACAACCCCCCCUACUCCCUCUCCACUUGCCUCCCUUCUCCCCCUCAUUUCCCCCCCUUCUCCCCCUAUUUUUCCCCCCUUCUCUCCCUCAUUUUCCCCCCUUCUCUCCCUCAUUUUCCCCCCUUCUCCCUCUCAGUUCUAACCCUUCUCCCCCUCAUUCCCCCCAUUCUUCCCCUCAUUUCCCAGCCUUCUCCUCCUCAUUCCCCCCAUUCUUCCCCCUCAUUCCCCCCCUUUUCUCCCUCAACCCCCCCCCCCUUCUCGCCCUCAUUUCCCCCCCUUCUCCCUCUCACUUCCCCCACUGCUCCCCCUCAUUUCCCCUCCUGCUCCUUCUCACUUCCCCCACUGCUCCCCCUCAUUUCCCCUCCUGCUCCUUCUCACUUCCCCCACUGCUCCCCUUCAUUUCCCCCCCUUCUCCCUCUCACUUCCCCCACUGCUCCCCCUCAUUUCCCCUCCUGCUCCUUCUCACUUCCCCCACUGCUCCCCCUCAUUUCCCCUCCUGCUCCUUCUCACUUCCCCCACUGCUCCCCUUCAUUUCCCCUCCUUCUCCUUCUCACUUCCCCCACUGCUCCCCCUCAUUUCCCCUCCUGCUCCUUCUCACUUCCCCCACUGCUCCCCUUCAUUUCCCCUCCUGCUCCUUCUCACUUCCCCCACUGCUCCCCCUCAUUUCCCCUCCUGCUCCUUCUCACUUCCCCCACUGCUCCCCCUCAUUUCCCCUCCUGCUCCUUCUCACUUCCCCCACUGCUCCCCUUCAUUUCCCCUCCUUCUCCUUCUCACUUCCCCCACUGCUCCCCCUCAUUUCCCCUCCUGCUCCUUCUCACUUCCCCCACUGCUCCCCUUCAUUUCCCCUCCUGCUCCUUCUCACUUCCCCCACUGCUCCCCUUCAUUUCCCCUCCUGCUCCUUCUCACUUCCCCCACUGCUCCCCCUCAUUUCCCCUCCUGCUCCUUCUCACUUCCCCCACUGCUCCCCCUCAUUUCCCCUCCUGCUCCUUCUCACUUCCCCCACUGCUCCCCUUCAUUUCCCCUCCUUCUCCUUCUCACUUCCCCCACUGCUCCCCCUCAUUUCCCCUCCUGCUCCUUCUCACUUCCCCCACUGCUCCCCUUCAUUUCCCCUCCUGCUCCUUCUCACUUCCCCCACUGCUCCCCUUCAUUUCCCCUCCUGCUCCUUCUCACUUCCCCCACUGCUCCCCCUCAUUUCCCCUCCUGCUCCUUCUCACUUCCCCCACUGCUCCCCUUCAUUUCCCCUCCUGCUCCUUCUCACUUCCCCCACUGCUCCCCUUCAUUUCCCCUCCUGCUCCUUCUCACUUCCCCCACUGCUCCCCUUCAUUUCCCCUCCUGCUCCUUCUCACUUCCCCCACUGCUCCCCCUCAUUUCCCCUCCUGCUCCUUCUCACUUCCCCCACUGCUCCCCUUCAUUUCCCCUCCUCCUCCCUCUCAUUUCCCCCCUUACUCCUCUCAUCUCCCCCCCUCCUCCCUCUCAUUUCCCCCCUUGCUCCUCUCAUCUCUCCCCCUCCUCCCUCUCAUUUCCCCCCUUGCUCCUCUCAUCUCUCCCCCUCCUCCCUCUCAUUUCCCCCCUUGCUCCUCUCAUCUCUCCCCCUCCUCCCUCUCAUUUCCCCCCUUGCUCCUCUCAUCUCUCCCCCUCCUCCCUCUCAUUUCCCCCCUUGCUCCUCUCAUCUCUCCCCCUCCUCCCUCUCAUUUCCCCCCUUGCUCCUCUCAUCUCUCCCCCUCCUCCCUCUCAUUUCCCCCCUUGCUCCUCUCAUCUCUCCCCCUCCUCCCUCUCAUUUCCCCCUUUGCCGCCUCUCAUCUCUCCCCCUCCUCCCUCUCAUUUCCCCCCUUGCCGCCUCUCAUCUCUCCCCCUCCUCCCUCUCAUUUCCCCCCUUGCUCCUCUCAUCUCUCCCCCUCCUCCCUCUCAUUUCCCCCCUUGCCGCCUCUCACUUCCACCCUUGCUCACUCUCGCUUCCCCGCUUCCCUCUCAUUUCCCUCCUUCACCCCUUCAUUUCCCAACCUAAACCCUUAUUUUCCCCACCUUGCUCCCCGUCAUUUCCCCCCCUUCUCCCCUUAUUUUUCCCACCUUGCUCCCCUUCAUUUCCCUCCCAGCUCUGGCAUAGCCCCACUGCCCUCCCGUCCUUUUCAUCUUCCCUCCCUUACAGGGUGGAUCCCUUGCAAAAUACUGCCCCCCACUCGCUCCCUUCCAUUCUCCCUUCCACGCUCUCCCAUCGCCAUGCCUUAAUUUCUCAUCCCCCCUCCUUCCAGGGUCAUCUCACCUCCCAUGAGAUCCCACUCGCUCCUUCAGUCCCUGCCCAUACUGCCGCCGCUGCUGCCUUUGCCGGAGCUGCCUCUGCUGCCACACCCAGUGUUCCUUCCUUUGAACAGCGGCAGGUGCAUGGGCAGCAACAGCAGAACCAAGAGCGAGUGGACCCUGCUGCGGUCUCACAGCCGAGCGCGCUCAUGAGUGCGCAAGCCGCAGGAGAUGCAGCAUGCCGGGUCUCUCACGCUGGGUGCACACUAUCGAAGCAGCCAUGUCAGCAGUGGACUGGGGAGCGAGCAGGGUGUGAGGCUCGAUGA